CGGCUACAGACCAGGAAGAAGCUACCGAACAGGCCUCCACGCUCUCUGGCCGAUUGUGCUCUCCUUUCUGGGUAGAAGGAAGCAGAAGCAUCGGGGUGAGGCUGCCGUGAGAGAGGGGGAGCCCGAGAGGCGUGGCGGCGCAGCUGUUCUCCCAGGUGGUGCUGAAGCUGAGCUCAUCACAUCGAACAGGGCGGAUGCUGUCCCAGUAGACCUAUCAGCACCGGGUUUUUGCUACUGUAAAGGUAACUCCGACUAGCGUUUGCUGCCUUGGAGAGCAGGCAAGCGAGGAAGGAGGAGGAGGAGGAGCUUUGUGGAAGACGCGCCGCGCCCGUGUGCUGCACGGAGCGGGCCUCGGGUUGGGUUUUUUUGAAGGAUGCUUACAGACUGAGGUGAUCCGCUUUCACCUGCUGAAAAGACGUGAAGAGGAGCGGUGCGACGAUGCAGAUGGAAAACGUGAUGGAUGCGCGGGCCGCUCGGAGAGGACCAGACCCGGCAGAGGAAGCUGCGGAGGCGGCGUCCGUGACACAGCAGGACCAGGCCCUGGAGGAGGAGAUAGAGAGGCUGCUGGAGGAGAAUGAUGAGCUCAAGUGUGAAAUCGAAGAGAUGAGGACCGAGAUGGAGGAGAUGCGAGACACUUUCUACGAGGAAGACACCUGUCAGCUGCAGGAGAUGAGGCGUGAGCUGGAGCGAGCCAAUAAAAACUGCCGGAUCCUGCAGUAUCGACUGCGCAAGGCGGAGAGGAAGAGGCUGCGUUACGCCCAGACGGGAGAAAUUGAUGAAGAGUUGCUCAGGAGUCUUGAACAGGACCUGAAGGUGGCAAAGGAUGUGUCUGUGAGGCUGCACCACGAGCUGGAGAAAGUGGAAGAAAAGCGCACAAAAACCGAAGAGGAGAACGAAAAACUGCGACAGAAACUCAUAGAGGUGGAAGUGACCAAACAAGCUCUGCAGAAUGAGUUAGAAAAAACCAAAGAGUCUCAAAAAAGAAGAGGAAGCAAAGACAUCCAGAAGACGGACAAGAAGCCAGCGCAGACUGCUACUGAGGAGGAGAACGAAGACCUGAAGUGCCAGCUAGCGCUCAUCAAGGAGGAGGCUGUCCUCAUGAGGAAGAAGACGGCCAAGAUCGACAAGGAGAAGGACCGUCUGGAGCAGGAGUUGCAGAAGUAUCGGUCCUUCUACGGAGAACUAGACAGCACUCAUCCUAAAGGGGAGGCCGGGGGGCCACCCACUACCCGCGAGUCAGAACUGAAGCUGCGCCUUCGACUGGUGGAAGAGGAGGCAAACAUUCUUGGGAGGAAGAUAGUUGAGCUUGAGGUGGAGAAUCGUGGGCUGAGAGCCGAGCUGGACGACCUACGAGGUGAAGGGGAGGGUGCUGGAAACUCCGGGUGUGGUGCCACGAGUGGGUCGGGCGCGGGGCGAGGCCUGGGGGACGACCUAACGGAGCUCCGGCAGCAGCUGCAGCUGGUGGAGGAUGAGGCAGAGCUCCUGAGGAGAAACCUGGCCGACGCUGAGGACCAAAACAAGAAGGUGACGACGGAGCUGAACAAACUGCGCUUCAAGGCCGGUACCCACGAGGGCGGGGCCAGGCACGGUGGGGGAGCUGCAGCGAUGGAUGGAGUCAAAAACGAAGGUCUGCAGGAGGAGUUGAAAGCUGCCAGGCUCCAGAUUAAUGAUCUCAGCGGAAAGGUAAUGCAGCUGCAGUACGAGAACCGUGUCCUCCUCUCCAACAUGCAGCGCUAUGAUCUGGCCACCCAUCUCUCUCUGCGACCUAGCCCGCGGGACAGCGACGCAGAGAGCGAUGCCGGAGGCGCCACGAGCGGUCGACGUGAGAGCGACGAGGACUCCACCUCCUCCCGCCUGAUCCCGCCUCACCGCAAACGCGAGGGCCCCGUGGGAGGGGAAAGCGACUCGGACGAGGUGAGGAACAACAACGGAAGCAGCCGAUGCAUGACGCCCACACGGGGCCUCUACACCCCCACCGGGCCCGAGGGCUCUGCCUCUUCAGCUCUGGCUCGCUUCUUGCCCGGCGGACGCUGCAGCCUGCGCGACAGGCAGCAAAUGGUUGACAUCCGCGCGGAAGCAGAGAGGCUGGUGCGAACCAUCGACCGCCUGAUCGCCGACACGGCCACCAUCAUCUCAGAGGCCAGGGUCUACGUUUCUAAUGGCGACUUGAUGUUUGGGAGGGGAGGAGAGGAAGGCGGGGAGGGUGAUGGGAGUAGGAUCAGAGAACACGAGCUGCUGUACCGCAUCAACGCCCAGAUGAAGGCUUUCCGGAAGGAACUGCAAGCUUUUAUUGACAGGCUGGAGGUGCCGAGGCUGGAGGACAGGGAGGCAGAGGAGCCGCUCUCGAUGUUCCAGCCCAUCAUUUUGCUCAUCCUCAUACUCGUCUUAUUCUCAUCCCUCUCUUACGCCACCAUCUUUAAACUAGUCUUUCUUUUUACUCUCUUCUUUGUUCUGUGAUGUCAGCCCCCCCCCCCCCAUAGUUUACAACAUCUCUCGUUCGUUUUUUUUGCGCUGUCUUUUUUUUUUUUUUUUUAUUGUUUUGUUCAAAUCCCGCAUCAUUUGUUGCCAAGGUAACCAAAAGCACAGAGGAAACAGCUCAGCACCUGCCAAUGUCACAAACAAUUUUGGCUUGAACUACUGGAGUCAACAUUAUCAUAACACAUCAGCAUCAGCACCGCCCACGUCAGAAGGCAACCAAUCCUGUUGUCCACCAUCGUGCUGCCCAGACACCAACCUCUAACCGGAGAGCAAAACAGGAAAAAGUCGUAACUUUUUAUUUGAAAAGGCCUCUGGGCAGUGAACGGCCUGCGUCAUGGCAGC